GGAGUAUAUAUUACAGAGCAUUCAAAGGCAAAUGAGAAUUCACAUGGGCUAGAGAGCUUUUCACAGAGGCCCAUCAGGAGAGACAGAAGAUGAUAUACUGGCAAGUUCUAGAAGGAUCCUAUCAUUUUCUUCUCUACCCUGAAGAGUGUUGGAAAUUAACGGGUAACAGUUGCGUGAAAUUUUCUGAAUGUUUUUUCUUCUUAUCUGUGAGGCCUUCUGUGGAGAAUUAAUAGGAAACCUCCUAUGAAUAAAAUGGAUCAUCUUAAAGGAUUGAAGUUCCAAAAAUAUAUCAGCAGGACUGGACAGGUUUGACAUAAUGAGAUUUCUAUUUUAGCUUGACUUCUGGAACUCCGUGUAACCUAUAAACUGAGCUACACAGAGUCCAAGGGAGGACGUUGCUCUUCUAAAAUAUUCUGGUGACAUGAAACAUUUUUCUUCUUCAGAUCCUUUAAAAACGUAUAUCCUACCGUCAGUUUCCUGAGGAGUAGGACGAUUAGACACUAACUUUUAGUCUCUGAAGUGGGAUAGGAAGCAGCAGUCUGUUAUACCACACUGGAAAACAAACUUCACUGAAGAAACAGACGCCAGGAAAUCAGAGGAGAAAUUUCUGCUUGAGAUGGCAGAAGCUCCCGAGGAUACUGCUGCGCCGCCCGCCACAGUGAAGAAGAAGAAAAGCCUUUCCAUCGAGGAAAAGAUCGACAUCAUCAACGCGGUGGAAAGUGGAAAGAAGAAAGCAGAAAUCGCAGCCGAGUACGGAAUAAAGAAAAACUCCUUGUCUUCUAUUAUGAAGAAUAAAGACAAAGUUCUGGAAGCCUUUGAAUCUCUGCGAUUUGAUCCAAAGAGAAAGAGACUGCGAACUGCUUUUUACACAGAUCUGGAAGAGGCACUGAUGAGGUGGUAUCGAAUUGCUCAGUGUCUAAAUGUGCCAGUGAACGGUCCCAUGUUGCGUCUAAAAGCUAACGAUUUUGCCCAGAAACUGGGGCAUAAUGAUUUUAAGUGCAGUAAUGGUUGGCUAGAUCGUUUUAAAUCCAGGUAUGGUUUAGUAUUCAGAGCUCAACCUGUAGAAGCUACAGGUGUGUCAGUAGACCCUUCAACUGUCUGGUACCAAAAUGUACUUCCUUAUUACCUGAAUGAUUAUCAUCCUAAAAAUGUUUUUAACAUCAAAGAGACUGGGCUGCUUUAUCGAAUGUUACCUACGAACACAUUUGCAUUUAAAGGGGAAACGUGCUCAGUUGGGAAGUUAUGCAAAGAUAGGAUAACUCUGGUGGUUGGCACAAACAUGGAUGGCUCAGAGAAACUUCCUUUGCUUGUCAUAGGAAAGAACAGAAAUCCACACUGUUUCAAAGGUAUCAAAUCAUUGCCUGUGUACUAUGAAGCCAACAGGAGGGCAUGGAUGACCCCAGAUAUAUUUGAACAAUGGAUGCAGAAGCUCGAUGAGAAGUUUCAAGCCCAGCAACGGAGAGUGGUGAUUUUUGUUGAUUCUUUUCCUGCGCAUCCAGAGGUAAAGAACCUCAAGUCCAUUGAGUUAGCUUUCUUUCCAUCAUGUUUAUCUUCCAAAUGUAUAGCUAUGAAGCAGGGGGUUAUUAAAAGCCUUAAAAUCAAAUAUCGACAUUGUCUCAUCAAGAAGUUUUUAAGCUCUGUGGAAAGCAGCGAAGAAUUUACCUUUUCACUACUAGAUGCAGUCGACACGCUGCAUCUCUGUUGGAGAGCUGUAACCCCAGAGACUAUUGUUCAAAGCUACCAAGAGGCAGGAUUCACAUCCCAAAAGGGAGAGAGUGACACAGGUACAGAUAGGGACACUGGUCUUGAUUUGGGUGCCCAGGCGCUUGCGACAGAAGAGGAGGUUCCCGAAGGCCUGUCUAUUGAAGAGUACGCCGCCCUCGAUGACGAUCUGGAGACAUACGAAGUAGUGCCAGACGACUCGGUGUCCACUAAAGAGAGCAAAUCAGAUGAGACUGGACUUGAUACUUCUGAUGAAGAGGAUGAUGGCGGAGCCCUAGGAGCCGAGCUCUCUUUACCAUCAAAAAAUGAGGCAAUAAGUGCUUUAGUUACGCUUAAACAAUUUCUUAGAAGUCAAGAUAUGAAUGAUGAGCUCCAUAAUUCUUUAGCAGACCUUGAAAUUUUUAUGAGUGCUUUAUCACCUAAAUAAUUAUUUAUUGUACACCAGAAGCGUAAUAGCUUUUCCUGAUGUCUUUGCUAAUAAGGUAUGUAAAGGAGAAAGACCACUUCAACAUAAAAAACUAGUGAUCUUUGAUUUAAUUGCAAAAGACUUCGGUCUGUAUUACAAAUCUCCCUAGUAAACAGUCAUGAGGUUAUAAAGAUUACCAUUUCUAAUUAGCAAGGUUUUGGGGUAUAGAAAUAUAUCUCAGAGGCCUUGUACUUGACACACAUGGUAUAUAUGUCAAACAUAAAAAGAACUUUCCAGAUACCUGAUUCAUACACAUUGUUUUGGUGAUUAUUAUUUUAUCUAGUCUAAAAAGCAAAAUAUCUAUUAAGAGCUUAGGUAUUUAUUUUUAUAGAGACCUAAAUAUGCCAUGUGUUCUAA